GAACCAGUGUUGGAAUGGUGCACAUAAAGGACAACGAACAGCUGAUGGCGCAGCGUGUGGCCGAACUUCAAGAUUUGAUUAAGGCACAUCCGCAGCUGCCGCAAAAUAUUUCGUCCACAUUGCUGCGUCGCUUUCUGCACACGACGCGCGGCGAUGUGGCUGCCGCCCAGCGUCUGCUCCAGCUGAACUACGCCAUGCGCAACAAGCAUCCGCAAAUCUUCAUCGAACGCGAUCCGUUGGAUGCCAGCUCCCAGCAGCUGUUGCAAGUCGCAGAUCUGGUGCCGCUGCCCGGGCUGACGCCGGAGAACAACAAGCUGUUAUUUUAUCGCCUGAUUGACCACGAUGCGGACAAGUUCAACUUUACAGCCAGCAUCAAGGUCUUCUUUAUGGUCGCCGAUUGUCGCUUCGCAACGGAGACAGACGGCCGUCUAUCCGACGGCGAGAUACCCAUCUUUGACAUGGCCGGAUACUCGCUGCGGCAUCUGACCAAGACGGUGCUCAGCUCGCUGCGGGUCUACAUGAAAUUCGUACAGGAGGCGCAUCCGGUGCGACUCAAGGAGAUACAUGUGCUCAACUGUCCGUCAUAUUUGGACAAGGUGCUGACCGUGGUCAAGCCGUUCAUCAAGAGCGAGGUCUUCAAGCUGAUCCAUUUCCAUUUGCCCGGUGCGGAUACGCCCUUCAAGCACUUUCCACGCUCCAUGCUGCCGGAGGAGUACGGCGGAGAGGCAGGCAAAAUGUCGCAGUUGAAGCAGCACUGGAUGCACUUGCUCGAACAGCAGCGUGAAUAUUUGAUGGAGUCCUCCAAUUGGAAAAUAAACAAAUGCAAAAAGAGCAGCAGCAGCAACAACAACAACGCUUGCAACACGAUGACGCACAGCCUCAAGACGCUGGAAAUUGAUUAACUGUAGUCUUACCCAUAUAUCUACUUUAACUGUACAUAUAUAUACAUAUAUACCAUAGCUGGGCUUGGCUUUAGUCUCUAAUAAUUCUCUUAAAUAUAAAAUUCAUCCAAAAUGCAAAAAUACAGAUAGAACUUAAAGACUGAUCCAUCGCGGCACCAAUGGAGUCCUGAAUCUGCGGAUAUUCUAUUCUUGCCUGCAUCACAUUUGGUCAUCUUCUUCGCCGAUCCGCGGCAUUUGGAAGGCAUAUUGCGCAGUCCAAGAAGCCGGACAAGUUGAAUACAAGACUACCAUUAAGCAGCGACUUGAGGCACUUGUCAAGACUCAGCGGCAGCAAAUGGCCCAGAAGCUAAAGACAGAGGAAACUAUACACGACGAAUUGGACGUAUAGAGUCAUCUUGGUGAGCUGCUGUAGUCCCUGGUAAGCGGGGCGCCACUAAGCAUUAAAGAUAUACGCGUAGAGGUGGAUACAUUGAUGUUCGAAGGCCACGACACAGCCUUCCUUUUGCCUGAGUUAAGCGAAGUACUCGGCACGGAUAACUCUACAGCAGUUAAUCGUGCAUGCAGUGUAUUCAAGUUGGUGAUAAAUUUUAAAUGUCAAUUUAUUUAUACUCUUAUUUUGGUUUUUGUUUUCGCCUGCUGGUUCGAUAAACAUCUGUUAUUAUUGCUCUCACUGCUGAUUAUU